GACAAAAAGCUAAAUAUGCGACUCUGGCCAAAAGCUGCUUUAGACUGGCUGAGUUACGAGGUGCAUUCCAGUAUAAUUCUACUGAUCCUUCAGAGAGCACACGGUAGGUUUAAGAGUGCUACGAAGAGUUGCCAGCAGACACCUGGACCUAAUAGAGGAGCUGACUGUUGCUCAGGCAAGAUGGUGCAGGAAAUAUGCGUCUUCUUCUUUUCUUUCACUGCUCUUGGGGUGCUUCAUGUCAUGAACACGGUUCCAGCAUUUCAAGAGCCUACAGCCAUUAUGCAGACUGGAUUUGGAGUUCUACUGAUCGUGUUCAUCCUGAUCUACCUCGCCUCUCGCUACAAUCCACCAAAGGAUCCCUUGUUCUACGUAUUCGCAGUGUUUUCCUUCACCUGUGUCAUCGACAUCGUAAGUGCUUUGGAACAUGACGGCUAUAUCUCAGGAUUCAUGGACUUCUACCGGAAAGUGGGGGAGCCGUACCUCGGAUCAGCAUAUGCCAUCAUGAUGUGCUACUGGGAUGGAAUAGUACACUUCAUCAUGUACCUGGUGCUGAUACGCCGCAUGUCUGGCAGGAAGCCGUACCGCAAUUUGGGCCUAUUCUGGGCAGGAUCACUAUUAGCCAACAUGGUUGUGUUUUUGUUGGGGAUAAUUGUGGGUAAAUAUGGCUCAGAGAUCUAUCCUGCCUUCUGGAUCAACAUGCCCUUCUUACUGCUGCCUAUUUGGGGAGCUGUUCGCCUGUUCCAGAAGCCCAGAGAGCUGCUUGUUGUUGCUGCAUCUAAGGCGGAACGUGAACAGAAGAAAGUCCUGAUCUGGCGUCCUCUGGACCUCAUACUUGUGAUCUACCUUCUGGGCAUCAUGGUCCUCACAUUGCUCAGAGGAUUGGCAGUUCUGGAUUGCCCAGUGGAAGUCUUCACAUCAUACGUGAAUGAGUAUGAGCCAUAUUUAAAGGAUCCUGCAGGCUUCCCCAAGGUUAUGAUGCUGGUGCUGCUGUUCCAUGCUCUGCCCCUGCUGGGAGCGUUUGUGUACGGACUGAUAACCCCUGGCUGCACCUGGAUGCUGGACUGGACCAUGUAUGUUGCUGGCGCCAUAGUACAGACUCAGUGGUGUCACGUCGGAGCCUCUCUGCACCCGCGCACAGCCGAGGCGCUCCACACUCCAGAGUCGACCCUGCUGCCCGUGCUCCUCCUUAACCUGCUGUACGCUCUGGGCCCGCUGCUGCUGGCCCUGCGAUGCACAGGGGACCCGGCCUACUUCCUGUCCACUGCACCUGUGGGUCAGCACAACAAUGAGAAGAAGUGGAGUUAAACUGUGCAUAUCUAAAACAGACACGGAUAAAGAUGAGUUUAAACUGCAGUACAAAAGAUGAAUAUCACUAAUGCUUCAAAAGAAGCUAAAACAAUCUCUGUAUCUGUCUCUUUUAUUAUUCUCUGAUUUCAUGAAUUAAAUAAAACAAUGUAAUGUA